AUGGAAGACAAUACAGAGUUUUUGUCUAAUUUUCAGGGAGGGAAUUCAUUAGCGGAAGCAGAUCCCGGUCCUGUUAAGGAUUUUGUUGCAGAACAUGGAGGACAUACUGUUAUUACCUCUGUUUUAAUUGCUAAUAAUGGAAUUGCUGCAGUAAAAGAAAUCCGCUCAAUAAGAAAAUGGGCAUAUGAAACAUUUAAUAAUGAACGAGCAAUUCAAUUUACAGUAAUGGCAACACCAGAAGACCUCAAGGUCAAUGCAGAUUAUAUUAGAAUGGCGGAACAAUAUGUAGAAAUUCCAGGAGGGAGCAAUAAUAAUAAUUAUGCAAAUGUAGAGUUAAUUGUUGAUGUGGCAGAAAGAGUGGGCGUUCAUGCAGUCUGGGCUGGAUGGGGACAUGCUUCUGAGAAUCCACGAUUACCAGAAAUGUUGUCUCAAAGCAAAAAAAAAAUUGUAUUUAUUGGGCCAUCAUCGUCAGCUAUGAAAUCCCUAGGAGACAAAAUCUCAUCAAUUAUUAUUGCACAGUCUGCCAACAUUCCCUGUAUGCCAUGGAGUGGAAGUAAUGUCAAUAAAGUACAAAUUGAUAAAAAAUCUGGAAAAGUUUUUAUUGAAGAUAGCGUUUAUCAUGAAGCAUGUGUAAAUACCCCGGAAGAGGGCCUUGAAAAAGCUCUUGCUAUAGGUUUUCCUGUCAUCAUCAAAGCAAGCAAAGGUGGAGGGGGCAAAGGAAUUCGAAAAGUUGAAGAUAAAUCAUAUUUUAAAUCAUUAUUUCUACAAGUAAUGGCAGAAGUUCCAGGUUCACCAAUUUUUAUUAUGAAAUUAGCAGAAAAUGCACGUCAUCUGGAGGUGCAAAUUUUAGCAGAUCAUUACGGAAAUAUUAUUUCAUUAUUUGGUAGAGACUGUUCUGUACAAAGAAGACAUCAGAAAAUUAUAGAAGAAGCACCAGUAACUAUUGCGAAACCAGAAACAUUUUCUGCUAUGGAAGCAACUGCUAUAACUUUAGGAAAGAUUGUUGGUUAUGUUUCAGCAGGGACAGUGGAAUAUUUAUACAAUCACACUGAUGAUAAAUUUUACUUUCUUGAGCUAAAUCCCAGGUUACAAGUAGAACAUCCUACAACAGAAAUGAUAACAGGUGUAAAUCUUCCUGCUGCUCAACUGCAAAUUGCAAUGGGUUUAUCAUUGCAUAGAAUUAGAGACAUAAGAUUAUUUUAUGGCCUUGAUCCUCGUACAAUUACAGAAAUUGAUUUUGAUUUUUCUAAUAGCGAAUCAUUACAAACACAACGUAAACCUCAACCUAAAGGUCAUACAACAGCAUGCCGUAUUACUUCUGAAGAUCCAGGAGAGGACUUUAAGCCAUCCAGUGGGAUGAUGCACGAACUUAUCUUUCGCUCUUCUUCAAAUGCAUGGGGAUAUUUUAGUGUUGCAGCACCAGGUGGCAUUCAUAAUUAUAGCGAUUCACAAUUUGGACAUAUUUUUGCGUUUGGUGAAAACCGUACAGCUUCAAGAAAACAUAUGGUAAUAGCACUCAAAGAAUUAAGCAUCAGAGGAGACUUUCGCACAACAGUAGAAUAUUUAAUUAAACUAUUAGAAACACAAGAUUUCGAACAAAACACAAUAACUACAGAAUGGCUAGACACACUUAUUCUUCGCAAACUUACAUUAGAACGUCCAGAUAAAAUGAUUGCAGUUGUUUGUGGUGCAAUUAUAAAAGCACACGUAGCAAAUAAAGAACGAACCUUGGAAUAUAAAACGUGUCUUGAAAAAGGUCAGGUAUUAAGUCGUGAAACUUUAAAAACAGUUUUUUCUAUAGAUUUUAUAUAUGAAAAAGAAAAAUUCAAAUUCACUGUAACACGAAGUUCUAUUGAUUCAUAUAAUGUAUUUAUCAAUGGAUCGAAAUGUAUAGUUGAAACAAGACGUCUUAGCGGAGGAGGUCUUUUGAUACUUUUGGAUGGAAAGUCUCAUACAGUAUAUUGGUCAGACAAUAAAACAAGCACAACAAUGAGUAUCAAUGGGAAAACAUGUAUACUAGAACAAGAAGAUGAUCCUACUCAAUUAAGAUCACCAUCUCCUGGGAAACUUGUAAAGUAUUUAAUUCAAAAUGGAGAACAUGUAAAAAAAGGACAAACCUUUGCUGAAAUCGAAGUAAUGAAAAUGCAUUUAUCACUUACAGCAAUAGAAGAUGGAAUAGUGCAACUAAUAAAACAACCUGGAGCUACUUUAGAAACAGGAGAUAUUCUUGGAAUUUUAACAAUGGACGAUCCAUCUCACAUAAAGCAUGCUAAACCUUUUGAAGGACUAUUACCCUCAUGGGGUCUACCGCAAGUCAUUGGAAAUAAACCUCCUCAGAAAUUUAAUCAACUAAUUGGAAUUCUAAAAAGUAUUUUACAAGGUUAUGAUAACCAAAUGUUAAUUGCAUCAACUUUAAAAGAAUUAAUGGAGGUUUUAAAAGAUCCUGAACUACCUUAUGGUGAAUGGCAUUUUCAAUUUUCUGCAUUAUCAUCCAGCAUUCCAUCAGAACUGGGCUCACAACUCAUAGAUAUUGUUGAGAAUGCAUAUUCAAACCAUAAAAAAUUCCCAGGAAAGAAGAUAUUGCGAAAAUUUGAUCAAUUUAUUAAAGAAAACAUACUAUUAGAUGAUAUAGAAAUACUGAAAAUGAAAUUAAGUACCCUUUUUCAAGUUUCAUUAAGAUAUAAAGAUGGGAUAAAAGUUCAUAAAUAUUCAGUACUUUCAAGUCUUUUAGAAGAAUAUUGGGAAAUAGAAAAUCUCUUCGAUUCACAAAAUGUCAGAGAAGAAGAUGUUAUUUUGCAAUUAAGAGACGAAAACAAAGACAAUGUAGACAAAGUGCUUGAAAUAGUACUAUCACACUCAAAAGUAAAUGCAAAAAAUGAUUUAAUUUCUGCAAUAUUAGAUGUUAUUAAAACAUGUCCAUCUUCAGAUAUUUCAAAAUACAUAGGUUCAUCUUUACGAAAACUUAUUGAUUUAGAAUCACGAAAUGCAACAAAAGUAUCACUGAAAGCAAGAGAAAUUUUAAUUCAAUGCUCACUCCCAUCUUUUUCUGAAAGAAUUUCUCAAAUGAAACAUAUUCUUCAAUCAUCUGUUAUUAAGGCAGAAUCACGUGACAAAUGGAAAUAUACAACACCAGCUCUUGAAAUUUUAAAAGAACUAAUUGACUCUAAAUAUAAUAUUUUUGAUGUAUUACCUUUUUUUUUCGCACAUAAAAACCAUUGGAUAUCAUUAGCAGUACUUGAAGUUUAUGUUCGUCGAGCAUAUAGAGCGUAUUCUCUUUUAAACUUAGAAUAUCAUAUAGAUUCAGGUAUUCCAUUUAUAAUUUCAUGGAAAUUUCAAUCAAGAUUAUCGACUAUUCAAGGAAUUAACAAAUAUAUAGCCACUCAAUUGUCGUCAAUAUCAACAGAAUUUACCAAGAAUGGGAAUCUUAAAAGAGUUCCAUCUGUUGGUGAUAUGUCAUCCACUAUCUUCAACUCAAACUUAUCAAGAACUGGAGUAAUUAUACCUACAGAAACAUUAGAUCAAAUAAAAGACCAACUUCCACGGGCUUUAAGCAAGUUACCUGUUGAUAAGGAAACUACAAAUGAUUACGAAGGAGAAAAAUACGAAGUCAAUUUAUUCAACCAAUUAAAAAAUUCAACUUCAAAAAAACAGCUUAUACAUGUUCUUAAUAUUUUAAUUCGCAACCAAGAAAAUCUAGACGACAAAACCAUAAUCGACAAACUACGCCCAAUAGUUACAAAUUAUACUCUAUUGUUUCUCCGUCAUAAAGUAAGACGAGUUACUUUCGUUUGCGGUUGUCAAGACGAAUCGUCUAAUCCUUUAUAUUAUACUUUUCGAGGACAAGAAGACCUUUCAACUGAUAUUAAAAACAUAUACAUAGAAGACAAAAGUAUACGUCAUAUUGAACCAGCAUUAGCAUUUCAGUUAGAACUCGGAAGAUUAUCAAAUUUUGAUAUUGAACCUGUUUUCACAAGAAACAGAAAUAUACAUAUAUACAGAGCUAUUGGCAAAGAAGCGCCAGGAGAUAAACGAUUUUUUAUUCGAGCAUUAAUCAUACCAGGAAAAUUAACAAAUGAAAUUCCUACAAGCGAAUAUUUAAUAUCAGAAACAGAUCAUUUAAUGAAUGAUAUUUUAGAUGCAUUAGAAGUAAUAGGAGUAGAAUAUACGGAUUUAAACCAUAUCUUUAUUAACUUUAUUCCAAAUUUUAAUCUAAUUUCAAAUGAAGUUGAAGCGACAUUAGGAGGAUUUAUUGAGCGAUUCGGACGACGACUCUGGAGAUUAAGAAUAACAUCAGCCGAAAUACGAAUUAUAUGUACUGAUUCUUUAACUGGACUUGCAUCUCCACUACGGAUUAUUAUUUCAAAUGUAUCUGGUUUUGUUGUAUGUUUUGAACUUUAUACUGAGGUAAAAACGGAAAAGGGUAACUAUAUUUUUCAAUCUAUUGGCCCUCCUGGAUCUAUGCACCUUCGUUCUAUUACUACACCAUAUGCAACUAAAGAAUGGCUUCAACCAAAAAGAUACAAGGCACAUCUUAUAGGGACAACAUACGUAUAUGAUUUCCCUGACAUUUUUAGACAAGCCGUACGAAUAUCUUGGCAAAAAUACGCUCAAAACAAUAAUAACUACAAAAUGCCAGAAGAUAUUUUAGAAGUCAAAGAAUUAGUAAUGGAUGACAAAUUACAACUUCAAGAAGUUAUUAGAGAACCAGGAACCAAUUCUAUAGGAAUGGUAGCAUGGUUAGUUACGGCCAAAACACCAGAAUAUCCACAAGGACGCCGAUUUGUUCUUAUUGCUAAUGAUAUUACUUUUAAAAUAGGCACCUUUGGUCCAGAUGAAGAUCAAUAUUUUCUAAAAGCAACUCUUUUAGCUCGUCAAUUAAAAAUUCCACGAAUAUAUUUGUCUGCUAAUUCUGGUGCACGCAUUGGCCUUUCAGAAGAGCUUAUACCACAUUUUUCAGUAGCAUGGAAUGAUAUUAAAAAUCCAGAAAAAGGAUUCAAAUACUUAUACUUUACACCAAAUAUAUAUAAGCAAUUCAAAGAAAACAAUAAAAAAGAUUUCGUUGCAGAAAGAAUUAUUGAAAAUGGUGAAGAAAGGUUCAAAAUUACAGCUAUAAUUGGUGCAGAAGAUGGGUUAGGAGUUGAAUGUUUAAAAGGAGCAGGACUCAUUGCAGGAGAAACUUCUCGUGCAUAUGAAGACAUUUUUACUAUAACUUUAGUUUCAUGUAGAUCAGUUGGUAUUGGUGCCUAUCUUGUUCGAUUAGGCCAGCGUACAAUUCAAGUGGAAGGCCAUCCUAUUAUUUUAACAGGAAUAUCUACAAUUAAUAAAUUAUUGGGAUGUGAAGUGUAUUCAUCAAAUUUACAACUAGGAGGUACUCAAAUUAUGUAUAAAAAUGGCAUAUCUCAUUUAACUGCAAAAAAUGAUUUUAAUGGAAUUUCUAAAAUAAUGAAAUGGUUAUCAUAUAUUCCAGACAAAAAAGACAAUCCUAUUCCAAUUUUACCUUCUUUAGAUUCAUGGGAUCGAGAUGUAGAAUAUGUUCCAUCAAAAGGUACUUAUGAUGUUCGAUGGCUUAUCGAAGGGAAAGAAGAAGAUAACCACUUUUUUACUGGACUCUUUGAUAAAAAAUCAUUCCAUGAAACUUUAAGUGGUUGGGCCAAAACUGUUGUUGUUGGUCGUGCAAGGUUAGGAGGAAUCCCUUUAGGUAUCAUUGCAGUAGAAUCUCGCUCUAUUGAGAAUAUUUUACCGGCAGAUCCUGCUAAUCCAGAAUCCUAUGAACAAAAUAUUAUAGAAGCAGGUCAUGUAUGGUAUCCAAAUUCUGCAUUUAAAACAGCACAGGCAAUUAAUGAUUUUAAUUAUGGAGAACAGCUUCCUCUUUUUAUUUUAGCGAACUGGCGAGGAUUUUCAGGUGGUCAACGAGAUAUGUUCAAUGAAAUAUUGAAGUAUGGAUCAUAUAUUGUAGAUGCUCUUUCAAAAUAUAAACAGCCAGUUUUUAUUUAUAUUCCACCUUACAGCGAAUUAAGAGGAGGAUCUUGGGUUGUUAUCGAUCCUACCAUUAAUGAGGAUAUGAUGGAAAUGUACGCAGACGAAGAAUCUCGUGCAGGAAUUUUAGAACCAGAGGGAAUAGUUGAAAUCAAAUUUAAAAAAGAAAAAUUAUUAGCAUGCAUGUCUCGUUUAGAUUCUACCUACGCUUCAUUAAAGAAACAACUUCAAGAGCCUAAUUUGUCUCAAGAUCAAUUAUUUCAAAUAAAAACUAAAAUAAACGAGAGAGAAAAACUUCUUCUUCCUAUCUAUCGACAAAUAAGUAUCCACUAUGCAGAUUUACAUGAUCGCCCAAUUAGAAUGAAAUAUAAAAACACAAUUAGACGGUCCUUACAAUGGUCUCAAUCUCGAAGAUUUUUCUAUUGGAGAUUACGCAGACGUUUAAAUGAACAUUACAAAAUACAAAAAAUAAGAAAAGUUAAUAAUAAACUAUCUUUUCAUGAGUCUGUUGAAAUUUUAAAAACCUGGACAUGUCAACUUUCUAAUAAUGAUCUUAACUGGGAGGAUGAUGAUAAAGAAGUAGUACAAAUUCUUGAAAAAAACGAAGAACAUAUACAAUUUUUAAUUAAAGAACUAGAACAAACAACUAUAUCUAACGAAAUUAUAGAUAUAGCUAAAACUAACAAAACUGGUGUUCUUAAUGGAUUUUCUAGGAUUUUAAAAGAAAUGCCAGACCAAGAAAUAAACGAUAUUAUUAAAUUAUUGUCUGAACGGAAAAUAAUUAAGUGA